CGCGUGCGUUCCACCGAGCAGGAAGUAAGCUGUACAGACUCUAAGCAGCAUGCCUGGGAGGAUGACGUCAAAAGAAGGCGCCGAUUGAAGUGUGUGACAGGCUUGGCUGGCUGCUGAAAGGUCGCUCAGUUUCUGGGAUGGGGAGAGCAGCCGGCGUCCUGCUCGGGGGGCUCUGCUCAGGCAUUAAGAGGCUCCCCGGGGUCCAAGGUAUUGGGGAGAGGGGCCUAACUAAUACUGUUGUAGUCUGUGCUACAAGGACUGGAUACAUGCCUCUCAGGGGUGGACACAAUGUAGAUCACCAGCUGUUGUAGGACUGCAAAUCUCAUUAUGCAGAGCCAACUUUUAGCAUAAGCAAAGCAACAUGGGAGUGGUAGUUCUGUGCUCUACAUCCUGCCCCCACCUGCCCCAACACAUGAAGUAUAACAGUUGGCUAACUGCCACAGGUCUGUUAUAUAAUGUGUCCAUCUGUCAACAAGAAUGUGAUCACUCUAAACACUUAUGUAUCCAGGUUUUUUUUUUUUUUUUAGUUAGAGCAUGUUUUAUUGACUCCUGUUUGAUGUUGGUCUGCAAGUGCAAAUAAUAUUAUUUUCCCAAGGUCAAAAGUAACAUUAAGGGGACACUAUGUCCAUACAGAGGACUGCAUCCCAUUGAAGUGGUCUCGGUACAGUUUUUGAGAAACUGCAAUAAUUAGCUUGCAGGACUAAGACUGCCUCUAGCGGCUGUCAAUCAGACAGCCACAAGAGGCAAUUACUGGAUGCUAGCCUAGAUGACACUGGGCAUCCUCACGCCGUACAUGAGGACAUCCAGAGUCAGUAAAACCUCCCUAGGAAAGCAUUGAAGUAGUGGUUUCCUAUGGGGAGGGUCUAAUGUGCUCACAGUGCAUUGAUUCGAUGCAUCUCUAUGAGGAAAGUUCAGUGUCUCCAUGCCGAGGGUGUAGACACUGAAUAGCACUGCCCCAGGAAGCACCUCUAGCAGCCAUCUGAGCCACUGGCAGUGUCCCUAGGCUGUAAUGUAAACACCUCAUUUUCUCUGAAAAGACAAUGUUUACUACAAAAAAACACUUCAACAAAAUCAGUGUAAAUUUUGUCUAACCUGGACAAUCACUAUCCAAACUGGAGGACAUUGACAAAGUGUCAGUUCUUCUAUGAAUUCUAUUCCAUGAAACACCAAAUUUAAAUGUGAAUAUAUGAAAACUUGUAAGUGGAGGUGUGAGAGAAAUUGGUAAAGAGGGAUGUUACGUAAGAUUGCUUGACAAAAUGAGAAAGCUAAACUGAAUUCAUGUAGUCUGGGAACUUAUUUAUGGAAGUCAUGCUAGGGAGGAAUAAUGGAGUUGUCUAUUGGAAUGAGCUACAUUGUGUCAAUAUUCUACUGUAUGUUUUCUGGAAAACUUAUACUUUGAUCGUAGAUUCUAUUUUUUUUUUCUGUUUACUAAACACAUAUGAAAACAAUGUUUAAACUUGUUAAUUUAGUAGAUACACCACCUAUGAAAACAUGCGUGUAUUCGGUUAUGCAUUUUUUUUGUUGCACAUCUGCAGCCUUGGCAUACCAUUCCAGUCUAACCCAGCCCAGAUAUUCUGUGACUAUCCAGUCACAGAUUUCCCAAGGCAGAUUAAUGAGAAGUCUUUGCAAGGCAGGUGCUGUGAGCAAUUGCUGCCUCUUGACUUUUGCUUCACUGAGCUAAACAACUGGAAGGUCACAGGACUAGUUGUCUGACAGGCAGGGCGGUUUAACAAGGUUAAUGUAUAAAUGUGCCAAUUUAUAUUGAAAGCUUAACUUUUUGUAAAUGAAAAGAGGUCACACUCUUCACGCAAACUAAAGUUACAUAAUAGAGUUCAUGGAACUCUCCGGGCACCAUAACAGCUUCAUUAAAAUUAAAGUUGUUGAGGGGCGUGGCCAACUGCCGAAGCAAGCGGUCGCAUGGAGUGAGAGCUCCGAGCUUCGGAUGACAUAAACGCCAACAACUCCUAUCAUACACAGCCCCACAAGAGGCAAAUAAGCCCAGGAACGAGACUGCACUCAUGGCCCCAGCCAAGCAAACUAAACUGACGGAUCAAAUUCGAUCCGCGAGGAAGGACCGCAUGCGGCCUUCACAAGAUGGCGACGACGGACCAGCCUGCUCGCAACUAACUGAAGGCACACCUGAGCCAGAAGGAGAAACCUGCCCAUACACGGACGCCCCAGUGACGGAAAAACGGCUGUAUCUUAUGCUACAGGACUUUCGGGUCACUCUUCAGUCUGAUCUUAAAAAAGCGACUAGUGAAAUAAAAAGAGAAAUAUCUGAUCUGGGUGAGCGCACAAACCAACUUGAGGCCCGCACAGACGACCUCUGCAGUGAGCAGAAUGAGCUGGCAAGUACAGUACAGCAUCUAAUGGAGGAACAACAACAGCUCAAACGCAAACUGGCGGACUUGGAGGAUAGGUCCCGCAGAAACAAUGUCAGAUUCCGCGGGAUACCAGAAAAAGUGGGCCUAGAGGAACUGCCCUCAUUUCUCAAAGGGCUCUGCACCACCUUACAGCCUGAUAUAGCCGACGAAACAUGGCUACUGGACCGUGCUCACCGACUACCACGACCACCGAGGCUGGCGCCAGAUACGCCUCGUGAUGUGAUUGCAAGGUUUCACUAUUUCACCUCAAAGAAUGCUCUGCUGACUGCAUCACGUAACUUGGACAAGCUACCAGAACCGUACACCAACAUUAACAUAUAUGCGGACCUAUCAGCCCUAACAAUGGCCAGGAGAAGAGAGUUUAUAACGGUGACAAAAACCUUAAGGAACCACAACAUCCAAUACAGAUGGGGAUAUCCGACGAAAAUUAUAAUAUGGAGGAACAACAAGAAUCACACGGUUAAUGAACCAGAAGUAGGCAUGCGCCUAAUACGGGAAUGGGGACUGUUCCCGACACAAACGACGGUAGCGGCCGCUACUGCACCACAACGAAGAAUGCAAGCAGAAUGGCACAUGGCGGGAUCGCCGACUAAAGCAUAAAAGACUCUGUUCCAGGGACUCUUUCCUCACCCAGCAUAUGCUAUGCUGACCUACCUCACGUAACUAUGACAUAUGCAAUUUGACACACAUGGUAUUAGGAACAUGCACAUGGCUCAUGUAAUGCCAGACAACGUGCUGUAACUGACUGAUUGUAGCUGGCACGGGAGGUGGGGGGAGCCCCUGGGACUGUAUGUAUGACAAUAUGUAUAUCUGGGCACUACGCAGUGGUUAUGCAAGGGCUGUGUACCCUUAAUUAGCACAUAAGUCAUCCUCACCCCCGCUCUUAACACCGAGCGCACCCCCACGGAUGAGCGCAGAUACUAGCACCAAGGGCUGGUCUGUGUCUCAGCCGGAGAAGGCGCCAAUCGUCCUGAGGGCGCUGUGUAAAUACUUUAGUUAUGUUGUGAAAAGUUUACUUCUGUUAUCCCUACCAAAGUUUCUAUGUUCCCUGGUCAAUCCACCCCCUCCUAGGAGACCUAUACCACUAUCAAAGCAAACAUGCUUUCCACAAUUUAGCAAUCUGUUACCCACACAAUAUGGAUAAUACCCUAAAAAUUCUGUCCAUGAAUGUCAAGGGUCUCAACAGCCCGCAUAAACGUAGGUUGUUAUCACAGGAAAUGUUUCGCUCCAGGGCGGCAAUAGUGUGUCUCCAGGAAACUCACUUCACUAUACGUAAACCACCCACCUUUAAGUUCAAACAAUAUGGUCAAGCUUAUCACGCCAUGGCUACAACUAAGUCCAAAGGGGUAUCAAUAUAUUUUCACGGGGACUGGGUAUUUACGCCAACCAAACAAUACGUCAGCAAAGAUGGCAGGCUGCUAAUAUUAGUGGGCUCAUUAAACGGCCUCCAAUUGACAGUAGCCUCCCUGUAUGCUCCAAAUGAUACGCAAAAAGAAUUCCUGACCAAAGCGUUCCGCAAAUUAGACCAAUUCAAAAUGGGACACACUAUUGUAUGUGGCGACUUUAAUUGCACGCCUGACCCGCACAUAGACAUGCAGCGGGUACAAAACCGACCUCCUAAACAAGUCUCUCUGUCCUUGAGCAGACACUUGACAAACCUGCUGCACUCCUCUGACUACUAUGACGUGUGGCGUAAUUUAUACCCGGGUAUAAGAGAUUAUACAUUUUAUUCCUCAGCCCACAUGACGUACUCCAGAAUUGAUCUCUGCCUCUUCGACAGGAGCACAGUCACACGCUAUAGACAUGCACAUUGGCCCCAUAAUAUGGUCGGAUCAUGCCCCCUUGGAAAUAAUAAUGAAAAUACCACACCCGGCGAGGGGGAGAGGCACUUGGAGAAUGAACGAGGCCCUACUAGACAACCCGCACCAUUUUACGCACUUGAGAGACACAAUAGAAGCAUACUUUGAGGCUCAUACACACUGUGAAACCACACUGGCAACACAAUGGGUCGCACACAAGGUAGUUAUGAGGGGAGAAUUCAUCAAGUUGGGAGCCAACACCAAAAGAGCAGCGGGCAUAGAACACACAAAACUCAUACAAGAAAUUACAGACACAGAACUCCGCCACAAGUCAAACCCAUCUAAGCAAACCCACACACGGCUACAGACACUCAAGACCAAAUUACGCGAGCUACAACUACUAACGACUAAGAAGCAAAUGCGAUACCUGAAACAAUCUCACUAUACACUAGGGAAUAAAGCAGGCAAACUGCUAGCCGGCCGCCUGAAACAAAAAUACCUCCAAUCCAAGAUCCCCUACAUAUUCUCCAAAAGUGGUGACAAAAUCUAUAACCCCCAAGACAUAGUGAAUACAUUAGCGGAUUACUAUGCGUCCUUAUACCAACUGCAUGCAGACCCAGCAACACACCAACCUACUACAGCAGAAAUAGACUCUUUCCUAGAAAAAGCCUCCCUUCCCUGCAUAUCUCCAGAUUUGAGUGCAUACUUGAAGUGUCCCUUUACUGACGAAGAAAUCAGGGAAGCCAUUAAAUCACUCCCAAAGCACAAAUCCCCAGGUCCAGACGGCCUCUCCAAUUACUACUAUAUCAAAUACACAGACCAAUUAGCACCCCACCUCCUAAAACUAUUCAAUGACAUUAAACAGACAGGAAAUAUGCCCCGAGAAAUGUUAGAAGCCUUUAUUGUCACUUUGCCCAAACCUAACAAACCCUCAAAUCAGUGUGCUAAUCUGAGGCCGAUAUCCCUUCUUAAUUCGGACACUAAAUUAUACGCUAAACUGCUAGCCACACGGGUCAAAAGGCUCUUCCCUACACUUAUCUCCACUGAGCAGGCGGGAUUUGUGCCGGGUAGGCAAGUGGGUGACAACACCCGCCAAUUUCUAGAUCUCAUCGACUGGGCGAACCAAUCCUCUCAACAGGGCCUGGUGCUGGCGUUGGAUGCCGAAAAGGCGUUUGACCGCUUGCACUGGGGAUACAUGGCACAAACUCUGGCCAAAAUGGGGCUCCCAUCAGCCUUCCUCAAUAGUAUAAUGGCCCUCUACCAAUGCCCAUCGGCAAAGGUCUUUAGUACCGGCUUUCUAUCCGCAUCCUUUACAAUACACAAUGGCACGCGACAGGGUUGUCCGCUGUCACCACUCAUUUUUAUCCUAUGUCUAGAACCCUUGACGAAACAUAUAAAAAAUAAUGCACAAAUUUGUGGACUGGCGACACCAAGGGGUAUGCAGAAGUUGGCUCUAUUUGCCGAUGACAUACUCAUGUUCAUAACACAACCCACAAGCUCCAUCCCGGCCCUUCUAGGUCUUCUUAGCGAAUAUGGUAGGGUUUCCUACUAUAAGAAUAACACCACUAAAACGCAAGCACUACCAAUCAACCUAACGCACCAAACGCAAACGCAGCUCUCCUCUGACUACACCUUUGACUGGCGUAAAACGUCUCUCACUUAUUUGGGAAUCAAACUGACGAAAUCCCACCAGACCGUUCUUAAAGAAAACCACUACCCUGUCAUAAACAAACUAAAAUCGACGCUAGAACAAUGGGAAAACCUAGAGAUAUCCUGGCUGGGCAGGGUAAAUACGAUUAAAAUGAUGGCUCUGCCCCAUAUUUUAUAUCUCUUCCGUACGAUACCAAUACCACUGCCCAACAAAUUAAUAAAAUUAAUGCAAUCUGUUAUCAAUGCGCAUGUCUGGAAACGAAAACCCCCGAGAGUGGCCCAACGAAACCUGAGCCUUACUUUCACCAAAGGGGGGCUGGGUCUACCUGACAUUAAGACGUACUAUAGGGCAUCGAUUUUAGCACAGGGAGUACGCAUACUGAGACUUCAAGACAGCUCCCCUAAGCCACUAUGGCUUACACUGGAAGAUGCCUACCUGCACCCACAUAACACAACCCAAGCAUUAUGGGCCAACGCCCCCACCAACUUCGAUGGAACAUACCUCCCACGGUGCUCCAGAUUUCUGCUGAGCUCGUGGCGAACCUGGAGUCACCUAAUAUUAGACCCACAUUUGCUCUUCAGGGAAGUUCCCCUAGGGAUUCUGACCAUACUCUCUCCAGACCUACCCAUGGCAAGCUGGAUAACCAGGGGAAUACAUAGAGUUAAGGACCUACUAGAGGGAAACGAACUAAAACUGUUCCCUGAUCUCCAGAGGGAAUUCUCUCUGGCCCAAAGGGAUGUGUUCCUUUACCUUAGAACGAAAAACAUACUGUUACCACACAUACACAAACCUAGUACAGGAUCCAUGAAACCACCCCUACCACUCAAUAGGGCUCUCACCGCUAAGCAUGGAAAACCUCUAUCCAUGUGCUACAACGCUCUAUUGGAGCCAAAGCCCGGUGAGAAAAGAUCCUACAUGGAGCAAUGGGAAGGGGAACUGGGUUACCAACUAACUCUGGCACAAUGGUACGAGGCACUAUCCAAUACAAAGGGCGCUUCCAAAAGCCUCUCGCUGUGGGAAGCAUAUUGCAAAAUAGCCAUGAGAUGGUACCUAGUCCCACAUAGAUUAGCAAAGAUUUACAAGGGCACAUCUGGGCUCUGCUGGCGCUGUGAGGGGGGAGCGGGCACCAUGCUACACAUGUUCUGGGACUGUAACGCACUAGGUGCAUACUGGACACAGAUCCAAAACCUUAUUUUGAACACUACAGGUCUCCUUAUUAAUUUGCGUCCAGAACAUUACCUGCUACACAUGAUUCCUGAUCUGUCAUCACACCCCCACAAGGUAGUACUGAUAAACAUCCUCACAGUAGCAAAAAUCCUGCUAGCACAACACUGGAAAAGCCAGACAAUACCUACCAUGGCUACACUCACGGAAAGAGUGGAUGUCAUAAGCUCCUACGAGAAGAUGGCGAGUAGAGUACAGGGACAGGAAAGAAAGUACGCUGGGAAAUGGGCAAGUUGGAACCUUAGGACAUGAGUAUCUCCCCAUGUAGAGCACUCACCUCAGAUAAUACUUACCUCACAGCUGAAAACUAAAAUAAUGGGAAGCAAAACUGGGAAUCCUAGAUCUCCCCACCCGAAUUACGGUCUCCCCCAAUCCCCCCCCCCCCUGUGUUUCCAUUCCCCCUCCCCUUAUAAAAGGCCAAUCACUCCAAACGACGAACUGAUCACUACAUGGUCUUGCAGUCAACGCAUCUCUAGAGGCAAUUAAUGUGCCCAUAUCACAAUGCAAGUAGAGAAACGAAUGUAUCACAAGCUGUACAAAGUAUCCUUUGUAAACAAUGAACCAUAAUGACGGCAUGUAUAUAUGUAAUGUAACAAUGCACAUACCUGUUGAAAGUAUCUGACUGCAACGUAAUCUGUUUCAUGCUGUUGGCAAAAAUAAAAACUAAAUAUGGAAAAAUUAAAGUUGUUAUGGCACCACGAGGACCCUGGUGAUUAACUGAUGCUCGAAGCGAAACGGAAGCUUUACAUUUAUAAAACCACAUUGAAAAAUAUAAGGUUUUUUUCAAGAAGUUCUUCAUUCUGAAGAAUAUCAGGAAGUGGAAGGACAGGGGGCAGAGAUAUCCGGCACUUAAGCACAGACUUUGGGGUUUAAUCUGUAAUUUAACCCCCCUAAUAAUGUAACAGACAAAAAGUACUUGGAAUACCGGGAGCUCGUACCACUGUGCUGUGAAGUACAAAUACAUUAGAAGAUCAAAGGAUAAAACUGAGAGUGUGGUAAAGGGGGAAAAAAAAAAGUCCCUACUCUAGGACGGAGGAUGCUAGACAAGGAACUCCAAAUCCUUGCCAAGUAAUACAAAGAAAAAAACAAAAAAAUGCGAGAAAAAGCAAGUGCUCCAAAUCCAAAAGGAACGGUUUAUUCCACAAGAUACAAAACAAAUAGGGGAAAACAAAAGCCCCCAAAAAAUUAAUUUUCCUUACAUGUUUCGGACCAUCUGGUGCUUAGUCAUAUGAGCUAUGCAAUUUUGGGCACCUGUUCUAAAGAAGGAUAUUACGGCACUAGAAAAAUUGAAUAGACGGGCAACAAAAUUAAUAAAAGGAAUGGAACAUUUUAGUAAUGAAGAAAAGUUAACAACUUUAAACCUCUUUAGUUUAUAAAAACAGUGCCUAAGAUGGGAGAUAUCAUUAUACAAAUAUAUUCGGGGCCAAUAUAAACCAUUGUCUGGAAAUCUAUUUUUAAACAGGACUAUACAUAGGACACAAGGUCACACAUUUAGACUGGAAGAAAGGAGAUUUAGUCUAAAGCAAAGGAAAUUUUUUUUUUUUUUACAGUAAGAACAAUAAGGAUGUUUAAUUUUCUGCCUGCAGAGGUAGUUUUAUCAGAGUCUAUACAGACAUUUAAACAGCAACUGGAUGCAUACUUGCAAAAACAUAAUAUUCAGGGAAAUCAUAUUUAAUUUGUGGGGUAUCUCGAUCAAUUCUGACUGCCAUUCUGAGGUCAAGAAGGAGUUUUUCUUAGUUUGUUGCAAAAUUGGAAGUGGUUCAAACUGGGUUUUUCAGCAGCAAAAACAUGUGAGAAAGGCUGAACUUGAUGGACGCAAGUCUCUUUUCUAUGUAACUAUGGUUAUGAUGGAGCUGUAUAUGCUAUGAAUAUAAUGAGGGUUUUGUAUGUGGUAUUUUAAUAGGCACUGUAUCGUAUGGACAAUAGACUGGCAUUCUGCAUGACAUAACAGUAUAGUAUGCUUGUAGUGGGUGCAGUUUGUUUACACUAAAUAAUGCAUGACUUCUAAAUCUGUAAGCUCCUUUUCUCAAAGGACACUUUGUUUGUGAAGCCCGGCAUUGUAUUCUUCAGUUCAACACUCUUUUCCUCUGAGCUGUUUAACAGCGAUAUGAUCAGCCCCUGCUAUUGUCACAAACAUAAAUUCUUGUCCUUUUGUUUUUAAGUUGCUUUAUUAAGUCACAAGCUUAAAAUCCUUUCCAAAGAGCAAUAUCAUUUGUGAAAAUGACCUCUUUUUAUAUAUGUUUUUUUUCUCCGCUAUGUUGGAGCAGGUGCAGGCUUGCAAUACUGUUUACAAGUGAACCGCACACCAGUCAGACAGUGCAGCUUUGGGAAUUCCACUAACGACGAUGAUGAAAGAGCAUUGUUGGAUCGGAUAAUAAGGGUAGAUCAUGCGGGAGAGUAUGGAGCUAAUCGUAUCUAUGCUGGACAAAUGGCUGUCCUGGGCAGAUCAAGUGCAGGACCCAUUAUUCAGGUUUGUAUUAACAUUUAUAAGUGUUGUUUUCUAUUCAUGCUGUGUGCAAAGUGAAGAUUGGAUUUCCCUCGAGUUAAAUAUUGCUUACAAAAUCUUGACAGUGGUGGUGUUUGAUAAUGUACCAAUCAAGACAUACACCGUGGCUCGUUUUAUUAAUUGGCAAGUCAUAGCCAUUGAGGUUUUUUAGUUUCAAACUUUUUUUUUAUUAUCAUGAGUCGAAUAGAUUCGUUCAAAUAUAGGGUUUGUAAACAAUUCAUAUGAAGUUAUAAAAUAAAAUAAAAUGACGCCUUAUCGUAUACGACUUUUUUCGUCUAGAGGGACCUUUUGAGUUUUCAAAUGAAAGUUGUAACAAGUAGUCUUUGUCAGUGAUUAGAUUAGAGAUUUGGGUACACGGUGUAUACAGUGUUAAAAUAAUCUUACAUAAUUAGUUAUUAGACAGUGUUACAAGGGUUUGGAAAACACUGUUAGUAUUACUAUAGAUGUAUAAGUCAGGGAAAUAUAAAGAACAUAGUACUUAUGAAAUGAGCGCAUUGGAAUACAAAGGUAGCAUGUCCCGAAUCCAAUAUUUUGUGGACAAAUGAGAAAAGGAAAACCUAAUUCUACAAACAUUGGACAAUCCUUGGUUAAUGCAAACAUUUAAAGGGACACUCCAGGCACCCAGACCACUUCUGCCCAUUGGAGUGGUCUGGGUACCAACUCCCACUACCCUUAACCCUGCAGCUGUAAAUAUUGCAGUUUUUAUAAACUGCAAUAAUUACAUUGCAGGGUUAACUCCUCCUCUAGUGGCUGUCUACUAGACAGCCACUAGAGGGCACUUCCUGGUUUCUAGCACAGAUUAUCUGUGCUAGGGCGUCGCUGGAUGUCUUCACACUCUGUGAGGACCUCCAGCUUCACUCAAUUUUCAAUAGGAAACCAUUGAAAGCAUUUUCAAUGCUUUCCUAUGGAAAGCUGUAAUGCGCGCAUGUGGCAUUGCCUCACAUGGGCAUAAGGUCUCCCCCCGCCAGCGGCCGCGUAUGUGUGAUCGGUCUCAGCGGAUGACUGGGAGGAGCAUGGGCAGACCCGAAACCACUGCCGAGGGACAUCAGCGGGGGUCUCAGGUAAGUAACUUAAGGGGUUUUCACCCCUUCAGCAACAUGGGAUGUGUGGUGGGAGGGAGAGGGGACCUGCAGUGACUUACCUGAGACCCCCGCCGAUUUGUUUUCCUGGCACUGGAGUGUCCCUUUAAGAUUUUCCAUAUCUGCUGAAAAAGUAGAAUUGUAGAAUAGCACCGUAAACAUUUGUUAACAUGUUAAUGAUUUUCAUCUUCUCCAUUUUUUUAUUGUCUGCUACAGCAUAUGUGGGAUCAGGAAAAAGAUCAUUUGAAAAAGUUCAACGAAUUAAUGGUUGCACAUAGAGUUCGACCCACAGUAUUGCUGCCAUUUUGGAACGUGGCUGGGUUUGCAUUAGGUAAGCUUUUUUCAUUUCUUUGAGAUUUCUGUUUGACUGCAUAGCAGAAAGCAUGAAUCAUUCUUAUCUGUUAAUCACAGGUGCUGCUACUGCCCUGCUAGGAAAGAAGGGGGCAAUGGCGUGUACGGUUGCUGUGGAAGCAACAAUAUCCGACCAUUAUAACAACCAAAUUAGAACUCUGAUGGAGAGGGACCCUGAAAAAUACAGAUCAUUACUUGAGGUAUUGGAAUAGCUAAUAUUUGGAUAUACUGAAACUGUUCAUACAAUCAGUACAGUGUUUAGAGCAGGGGUGCCUGAAAGGUAGAUCUACACAAUCUGGAGAACUACAACUCCCAUGAAGCUUUGCAUGCCUUUAGAAUGACAGAGCAUCAUGAAAGCUGUAGCUUUAAAGCAUUUGUAGAUCUACCCAUUGGGCAUUGCUGGUUUACAGGAACACCUUGAGAACUGUAGACACUACAUCCCCAUGUAGGGGUUAUGCUGCCAGGACUUCCCUGGCAUUGUCCCACACUAGGAUGUCUGACCAUUUUAGUGUGGUUUGACUGCUUACAUGGGUCCUGAUGGACCUUCGCACCUUCAGCCCCUGCUUCUGGUCUUCUUCUACCAGAGAUCUAGUUAUUUCUACCCCGCUAAGUAUGGCCCUGCAGGACUGCACUCAUUGGCUGAGAGCAUUAUCUGAAUGUUCUCGAACAAUGAGUCCAGUCAUACAUCAGCCAGGCUUUACCCUGCAGUGACCUUUCGCUUCUCCUGUGGGAGAAGGACAGAAGCAGUGAGGUUCCUGGAGACACCCAGGUAAAGUACUGAGACUCUACCAAAAUAGUUUGACUAUGUCUCAUGGGACGGCACUCUUGGCAACAUAACCACUACAGUGGGCUCUAGUGGUUAUGGUGUUAUAUGUGUGAUUCUUAUGUUUUAAUGAUACAUAAAAUACAGGGAAAGGUAAGUAGCCUGCACUCACACUUCAUGUCUGAGAACUUUCCAAAGGCACUACACCCUCUUUUUACCCUUCACACCUCUAACUGGACCAGAACAAAGACACUAGAAUCCUACUAUUCUUGUAUCAAUAAAGUUUGGAGUGCUUUUUCACUACUAUGGUGUAGUGCUUUUUUUUUUUUUUGUAAACUACAUUUUUGUUUUGAAAUAUGUUUUAAUCAUGGCUCACAUGUUCAUCUCUGCCCACUAGACAAUGGCUACUGGGAGUGUAGCCCUGGGAAGUGUACCAUGCAGCAUAGCUGCCAUAUUGCAGCUUAUUGUAACACUGGCUGCAUUGCUCAUAUCUGUAGUUGGCACAGGGCACUAACCCAUUAACACUCUCCAGAGUAGUUCAAAUUCUUGAACAAAUUUAAUGCAUAGCUCAGAGGCAGGCUGAUAGAUUAAUAGCUAUUACAAGUUAGCUGAUUCGUGUUGAUUCCAGGGACUCAAAUUCAUCACCAAAAAAAAAAAAAAAGCCAUCACCUACAUGCAUCCUUUUCUGCAAUUCUCUAGAAAAGUCACUGCAACUUUGGCAAAAGAAAUAGGAUAAAAACAUUGUCAUUCAUGAGUAGGUAUGAAACCUUAUUAAAUAGAUUUUCCAGGCAUACACCUAAAAUAAUAAAAUUAAUUACAGACUUGGUUACUAAUAUCUAUCAUAGAUGAAAAAUAAAAUGAAAUUGUUGGCAAGGUUCUAGAGUAUCAGGUUUAAUUGGCACUAGGCUUCUGUUAUCUCCAGCUACUUAUUGAUCUCUCCUUCUUGUAAAUUCAUAGAAAUAUUGUCUCUUCCAAUAAAAUGUCAAUCCUUUUACAGUCCUGAUUUCAGUGCAAAUUCUUCUUUUAUUCCAUCACAUUGCUGCUCUCCAUUGACAUGUGUGUAUAUGUAGAAAUUGUUCUUGAAUUCUGUUUUUGUACGAUCAGUAAUAUGUACACUUUUUUAAACCAGACUUUAUAUCUAACCGGUAAUCGUUAUUUUGUAUUACAGACUAUAAAGAAAUUUCGAGAUGAGGAAAUGGCGCAUCACGAUACAGGGCUAGAACAGGAUGCAGAGCAGGUACGGCAGCUCAUCAAGAAAGACAAGUGAUUGCAGUCUAUAUUAUUUCAUGCAAUCAUCCCUAGUAUUUACAAUGCUUUUACACUUUCCUAGAACAAGCAACUCUUGCACACAUGCUAUCGGAUAUAUGCUAAUAAUCAAAGCAUCCAUCAUACUUCAAAAUGACUUUUUCUUAUAAUUGAGCCAAAUAAUGUCCUGUAGCUAUAUGUAGUGGAAUGCGGUAUACUACCACAAUCUUACAAACAAUAUAUGAGCAUGAUAUACAGUGUACGUUGGGCAUCAGUGCCUGUGUGACCCAUUGAGUAUUGUAAGGGUAUUGUUUGCGGCAAUUGACAUGAAUACCUUUCCGGCUUGCACCUCAUAAAUGUGCAUCAGCAUUGUUGAUAUACUGGCAUAAUAAAAGGGGCUACACAGCAUAGAUUUGUGGGUCCCUGCUUACAGAGCAUAGGAGCUUUCUCCAAAUUUGCAUGUAGUCUGAUUAGAGGACCAGUGCGGUAGCACAGAUAUCACUGUUCUCUUUCUUAGUCAUUGCAAUAUUUUACUAACAAAAAAACCCCAGGAAACAAGAACAAUUUUUAUGUGGUUGUAUUCAGCAUCUUACAGGGAUACAGUUAAAAGACCACUAACUAUACCCAUGCUAUAUCAUUUCAAUUAAGUGUUCUGUAUGCAGCUGCCCUGUCGUUUUAACCCUGCCAUGUAAAACACAUGUUUACAUUGCAGGGUUAAACAUCACUCUAUUGGCUGUCGGGAAGACAGGGUCUUUCUCUACUGCGACCUAGGUAAGUGUUGCUGAAAAGCUGUUCAUUAGAGCUCUUGAUCAGGUUUAUGUCAGUUCAUGUAGGAAGUACAUGAAUCACAGUUUGAUCUAUAACAUUUAAAACAAACAAUUAGUUAAUUUUCAGUAUCAAUGCAGUUAGAAUAACCGGUUUUAAUAGAUCCAUGGUGUGCAGCUGUGAUAAUCACAUGUAACCGCUGCAGAAUGAAUUGAGCUGGCACAGAUAAUCUAUCAAAUAAGGUAUAAUUUUCCUGUCUUCCCUGCAGGCACCAGCCUACUUCAUCCUGAAGAACCUCAUACAAGUGGGAUGUCGAACAGCGGUGUAUUUAUCAGAACGUCUGUGACAAAAUCUUACCCGGCAGCAAAGUUUCCUUCAAACAGAUGGACUUGGCUUACUCGCUGCAAGAUUGAAAAGCUUUGGUCAAGAAGAUUGUCAUUGCAGUUCUUCAGAUGCACAUUAGGUGGCAGUAUAAUCUGCACAUAAAUUCAGAACUGCUUUUCUUUGUCUGACCUGCAUUAAUGUAAUGACUGAGCAUUGCAACAGGUACAGCGACUUGCCUUAAUGUUGUGUGUGCAUUUAGUUUACAACAUAUUGGAGCUGGAUUAUUUUAAAAUCUCACCAGUCAUUUAAGACUCUUAAAAUUCCUGUUGAAAUCAAUGAGUACUGCUGUUGUUUGUGAAAUCAUGAACAGUUAUUCUGCCUCUGUUUUACUCGAUGUGAAAUAUUGUGAACAGGAUACAAAUUGUUGGUUUUCAUAGCAGCUAUUUUUAUGUUAUUGGAUCUGAAUAUGUAUAUUAAAGAUAUUACAGAUUAUUAAACCAGUGUGUCCUUUGACAUUGACGGUACUUCAGAGAUAUUAUAUUUAUUAAAAAGGAUUCUAAUAAUACAAGAAACUAGGCCAUUGGCAGAAUUCAUAUGUGCCUUACGAUGUGCAUAAAAGUUUUUUCCAUAAGUAUACCAUCUCACCUUGCUAUUCCUCAUCCCAGAAAAAAUAAAAAAUACAUUUAAGGAA